CCAAUCAGAGUCGCUGUUGGAGCGCAAUGCCCCGCCCUUUCCAGUCACAUGACUGUUGCUCCUCGUCCGCACAGACAGGGACUCGCAACAAAUAUUUGAUAUCCAUCAACAGGAGAAUUGCCCAAAAAUGACCUUUGACCCUGACUACAUCUUCAGCGCUGGCUCUCUGCCCUCUGACCCUCGCUUCAUGCCGCCGCUGGCCAACGGGUUUCUGGGAUGGAGAGUGUUUGAUUCAGUGAUGCAUAUGGGCGGGGUUUAUAACGGUGAAGGCGGGACUUGUCACCGUGGCAACAUUCCAUGUCCACUAGCAGUUCAAGUGAAGACGGCAGAAGUGGGACAACACAUGUACGAGUUAGACAUGCACAAAGGUAUUUUCUCUCAUACCAUGUUCGAGCCUCAUUUCGAAUACACUCAGGUUUUGUACGCUCACCGGCAGCAUUCAAACCUUCUGGUCAUGGAAGUUCACCUUAAACGCAUUAAAAGCAGCGCUGAACCAAUCACGAUUCAGCUAGAGAGUUCUUUCAAAUCCCAAAGCGAUGAUAUUGAUUUCCAGAAUGCACCAGACUACAAGGGUGGGAGGCACAUUUUUGGGCAGACCAUCUCUUCAGAGAUUCCUGGAGGAAUCCGUCCAUUUGUGCACCUGAUCUGGACGCCCAUCGCAUCUACUCUUACCCUCCCACCUGACCAGAACCAGUCCAGCUGGGUUUUCCUGGUUGCCCUUGCCGGGAGCGACAAGAGCGCCAAAUUGUGCUUUGAUACUGGUCUGGGGCUUAUUGAUACUGGUGACUUACGCCCCUCCCACAUGAGGAGUUGGGCGGAGCUUUGGAAGGGGAGCAGCAUUGAGGUUGUGGGAGCACAGACCCUGAACCGUGCUCUGAUUGGCUGCAUGUUUUAUCUUCUCAGUUCGUUCCCAUCUCCAAGUGAGGAGUUUGCGUUUGGAGGGGUCAGUCCUGGGGGUUUGUCAAACGGGAGCAUAGAUGAGGAUUACCACGGGCAUGUGUUCUGGGACCAGGACACAUGGAUGUACCCCAAUGUUGCCCUCUUUUAUCCCAGUCUGGCCAGGGCUGUUCUGGAAUACCGUGUGAGAACAGUAGAAGGUGCCCGAGCAAACGCCCAGCAGAUGGGUUACAAGGGACUGAAGUUUGCAUGGGAGAGUGCGGUAACAGGCCAUGACGUUUGUCCAGAGGACAUUUAUGCGCAGCAGGAGAUCCACAUCAAUGGAGAUGUGGUUCUGGCUUUCCAGCAGUACUUCUAUCUCACACAGGACCUGGAGAUGUUCAAGGAAGGGCGGGGCAGUGAGGUAGUGUGGGGCGUGGCUGACUACUGGGUUUCACGGGUCACAUGGGACGCGUAUGACCAGCAGUACCAUAUCAAAGGUGUGAUUCCUCCUGAUGAGUACUACUUCACUGUUAACAACUCAGUGUUCACCAAUGCUGUCGCCCAAAGCAGUCUUCAGUUUGCCGUGGAGUUGUGCGGCCUGUUAGCGCAGACGGCUCCUCCCGAAUGGCAGGACACUGCUGAUAAGAUCAAAAUUCCCUUUGACCCAGAACUGAAGUAUCACCCAGAGUUUGACGGCUACUUGCAGGGAAAUGCGGUCAAGCAGGCAGACGCAGUGUUGCUCGGAUACCCACUGGCCCUCCCCAUGACCCCAGAGGUCAGACGCAAUGAUCUGCAAGCAUAUGAGGCCGUCACAGAUCCGCUCGGACCAGCCAUGACAUGGGGCAUGUUUGCUUUGGGUUGGCUUGAACUUGGAGAGUCUGAAAAAGCACAAAACCUUCUGCAGAAAUGCUUCAGAAAUAUCCAGACACCCUUUCAGGUGUGGAGUGAGUCGGCUGAUGGCUCUGGAUGUGUGAACUUCCUCACCGGGAUGGGCGGCUUUCUGCAGGCGGUGUUGUUUGGCUACACUGGCUUCAGAGUGCAGAAGGAGCAUCUCGCCUUUGCUCCGUUGAUCCCGCAGGACGUUGAUGCACUCAGAGUGAAAGGUGUGACUUAUCUUGGCAACAAGAUGGACUGGUUGGUAACAAGUGCGGAAGUGAGUGUGGAAGUGAGUGUAGAAGUGAGGAAGUCUGGGAGUAAAGAGCCAUCCGCUCUUGAACUUGUCCUGAGUACUGGAACUACAAUCCCACUCAUUCCAGGACAGUCGGUGACGUUUCUACGGCAGCCUGGUCAGAUCCGAAAACUGAAUUCCAGUUUGUCCUGCUGGCCGAUCUGAUGAUCCAUGUCACAAACCAGCUGUCUGGUGUUUGUGUAUUGGGUUUUCUUCCAAAGUUUUGGAAUAGAACACUUUAUCAAGACUCGAAUACUUUAUACUUGUAUGGUAUAUUUAAAAAAUACUGUAAUAAUUUACUGUAAUAAUGCCAAAUAUUUGAAUUAUAUUAUUAUUGUUGCAUGAAUCACAGUAUACUCUGGGAAUACUGACAAAUCUGUUUACAAUAAAAUUGUCGAUAUGGUAA